UCCAGCGUCGCUUGCAUUCUGUGCUCCGCCUGCUGCCGCCGAGUCGCUUCAUCCUUGUUUUUAUUUCUUCUGCGCCAUGAACGGGCAACUCAACGGCUUCCAUGAGGUGUUCAUCGAGGAGGGCACCUUUCUUUUCACCUCUGAGUCCGUGGGCGAGGGGCACCCAGAUAAAAUCUGUGACCAGAUCAGCGACGCUGUCCUGGAUGCCCACCUCAAGCAGGACCCUGAUGCCAAGGUGGCAUGCGAGACGGUGGCCAAGACAGGGAUGAUCCUGCUGGCAGGAGAGAUCACUUCCAGGGCUGCUGUUGACUACCAGAAGGUGGUGAGGGACACUAUCAAGCACAUCGGUUACGAUGACUCCUCCAAAGGCUUUGACUACAAGACCUGCAACGUGCUGGUGGCCCUGGAGCAGCAGUCCCCUGACAUCGCCCAGGGUGUCCACCUGGAUCGCAGCGAGGAGGACAUUGGUGCUGGGGACCAGGGCUUGAUGUUUGGUUAUGCCACAGACGAGACCGAGGAGUGCAUGCCCCUGACCAUCGUCCUGGCACACAAGCUCAAUGCCAAGCUGGCCGAGCUGCGCCGCAAUGGCACCCUGCCCUGGCUGCGCCCCGACUCCAAGACCCAGGUGACGGUGCAGUACAUGCAGGACCGCGGCGCCGUCAUCCCCAUCCGCGUGCACACCAUCGUCAUCUCGGUGCAGCACGACGAGGAGGUCUGCCUGGACGAGAUGAGAGACGCCCUGAAGGAGAAGGUCAUCAAGGCAGUGGUGCCAGCCAAGUACCUGGACGAGGACACCAUCUACCACCUGCAGCCCAGCGGCCGCUUCGUCAUCGGCGGCCCCCAGGGGGACGCAGGCCUGACCGGGCGCAAGAUCAUUGUGGACACCUAUGGGGGCUGGGGGGCGCACGGGGGCGGAGCCUUCUCGGGCAAGGACUACACCAAGGUGGAUCGCUCGGCCGCCUACGCCGCGCGCUGGGUCGCCAAGUCCCUCAUCAAGGCCGGGCUGUGCCGCAGGGUGCUCGUGCAGGUCUCCUACGCUAUUGGUGUCUCCCACCCCCUGUCCAUCUCCAUCUUCCACUACGGCACCUCCCAGAAGAGCGAGAGGGAGCUGCUGGAGAUCGUCAAGAAGAACUUCGACCUGCGCCCGGGGGUCAUCGUCAGGGAUCUGGAUCUGAAGAAACCCCUUUAUCAGAGGACUGCAGCUUAUGGCCACUUUGGCAGGGACAGCUUCCCAUGGGAAGUGCCCAAAAAACUAAAAUAUUAAGGAAAGAAAACCCCUUACC